AUGAAGAGGAACUGUUUGAGCACUAGCUUGAAAGGUUCCAUGCAGAGUUCUAUCACCAACUGUGUCAACUGCUGCAACAAGAACCAAAUGGCAAAAGAGCUUUGGGACUGCAACAACUCUCAUAGUAAUGGUGAGGACUACAUCAAUGGCUUCCCAUGGCCACCAAGAUCAUAUACUUGUAGCUUUUGCAGAAAGGAAUUCAAGUCUGCUCAAGCACUUGGUGGUCACAUGAAUGUUCAUAGAAGAGACAGAGCAAGGUUGAGGCAAUCACCUCCAACUGAUCAAGGUCAAGACCCUUUGCUGAACCUUAACCUUAACCCUAACUGUUCAACCUCUUCUUUAUCCUCAUUUCCAUCAUCAUCAUCUUCUUCAUCUUCUGCUACUCUCAAACCUGCCACUUGCACAUUACCCUUGUUUGUUUCUCCUACUCCUCCUUCACCUUCUGAGUUGAAGAGAUCAUUGGGUGUUGUGGAUGGUACUGUCCUAUUGAACCCUUUGACCACAAAGACCUCAGAGCCCACAAAAUUGAAGAUUAAUGCUGAGUCUUUAUCAGGGGUUGGAGAAUGUGAUGAUGAUGCUUUUGCAAGAGAAGAUGGGUGUAAAAUCUUGAAGAAUGCUGAGAUCCUCAGGAUGGACUUGGAGAUAGGUUUGCCUAGAGAUUAUGAUUUAGAUCUGGAGCUUCGUUUGGGUACUUACUCUUAG